AUGUUUCGUUAUGAAAGCUCUCCUAUAUUAUGCUCGACAAAUGAAGGAGAAUGUUUUGUGAAUGAUUUUUUUUUACCAAUUUUAGAUCAAGGAAUUGUAUCUAUAAAUCAAAGAUUCACCCAAUUAGAUCAUUUUAACAAUUAUUUUGGAUUUCUGUUUGAUAUUGGUAAUCUAUCGACUGCUGAUUCAGAUAUAUUGUUAAAAAGUUGCCAUGAUUUACAGAUUAUGUUACAAAUAGUGGAAAACAUGGACAUUAGUGGAGCGGAAUUGUAUGAUGAACUUUGCCUUCAACUUUGUACCUCACCUUUAAGAGUUUUACAAAAAAUCCUUUGCAACUGUGUUGGUGAUGUUUAUCCUAAUGUUGCUAUAGCAUUAAGGAUUAUGCUCACAUAA